AUGGUCAUGGAUAAGCAAGUGUCGAUUAACAUCCAUCUGGACAAAAUUGCAUCUCUAAAGAAGGAACUUGAACUAUUGCGCAUUGAGACAGAAAGAGUCGACAAAAAGUUGAUCAGUUAUCUUUCAUCCUCAUAUGUGAUUGAUCAGAAAGUUCCUCAACAAAGCUUUCAAAAUGUUCCACCCCCAAUGUGGAAUCAUUAUACUCAGAAAUAUCCAGACGGGGUAGAGGAGGCAUUUAAUCUCAAACUGAGAAUAGAAGAGAACUAUUCAGAUUCAGAAGAUGACAGAAACUUUCUUGAUAAAUGUAUCCCAAAGUCAGAUAAAGUUUUGGAUGACGAUUCGAUCAUUGUGGUUUACACGAUGACCGGAACUGACAAACUGUAUACUGAUUUUGAGUACCCGAUUCAGAAUGCGAAUCUGGAAAAUGUUGAAAAAGUUUUUAAACUCGUGGAAAUUGAUAUCUCAGAAGUUAACAACAAUUCAUUUCUAUCAAAACCGAAAAAAUCUUUUGUUAAACAACAACCGGCAAACAAAUCGGGAAAGAAAAAUGAAUGGGUAGGUAACAAUGGUAAUAACAAGAGACAUGGUAAUGAUUACAAAAAGAAAAGUGUUGGUUUUGAGAAGCAAAUGGCUAAGAAACAAGUUAAGCCAAAAGAAAAAUUGAGUGAAGUGUUUGUGGCUGGUAAUAAUACAGAAGUCGAAAAGGAUUAUAUCUUUAGUAAGCAAGCAAUUGACGAUUUUAUUGCGGCCAAAAAGAUAAGAGACGAGACCAACAGAUCCACUUUUGUUGAAUAUGACAAAAGAAUCUAUUAUCGAUGCAAUGAAAUCGGUUACAUGACCAAACAAUGUGUCAAAAAGAUGAUAAAACCAGUUUUCCAUAAACCAAAACCAAAAAUUUCAAGAGAUGUUAAGGGAAAAUCACCUAUGACUUCAAAGGUUUAUCCUAAAACAAAGACUUCCCAAAGUCAAUCAUGGGUGGAGAAACCUAAACAAUCUUUUGUAACCACCGAUGAGAAAAUUGAAUUUGAGUUAGAAAAGUUGAUUGAAGAAUUCCAACCUAUCAAGGAAGGAGCUCUAAAAUCAAAAUCCGAACCUGAUGUUCCAAAUGUUGUUUUUAACAUUCCAAAACUUGACAAAGGGCUUCCAAGGUCUAUCAUUUCUAAAUGGAUAAUGGAUAGCGGCGCCUCACGGCACAUGACAGGGAUGUUAGCACUGCUAUACGACGUCAAAUCAAUCAAUGGAUGUUAUGUCGGGUUUGCUGGAACUCAAGGUGGAAGAAUUGUUGAUGAAGGAAUUCUUACUAACGGAGUCAUAUCAUUUGAUAAAGUGAACUACAUUGCUGAGUUAGAAAACAAUUUGUUGAGCAUCUCUCAGAUUUGUGACAAGUCGUUUACUGUUCAUUUUACAAAAGAUGAAUGUCUGAUUCUUAAACCAAGGUUUAAGAUACCCGAAGAAAUGGUGUUGAUGCGCGCUCCUCGUGAAAACGAUCUUUAUGUACUAGACAUGAGUGUUGCAACAACGACAGAUAAAAAGGAACAAUGCUUUGUGAGUAAGACGAAGGCGACGGAGAAAGAAUCCAUCAUGUGGCAUCGUAAAAUGGGCCAUAUUCACUUGAGGAAAAUGAAUUUUUUAGUUCAUAAUGAUCUUGUUGAAGGUGUUAAUUUGAAAAGCUUCCAUCUUAACGAUGACUGUAUUGAAUGCAAAAAAGGGAAGUAG